AGCGCCUCCUCCAGAUGACCACUAUGGUAAAUGCUGUCGUAUGGAGAGCAUAAGAUGGGGGAUGCUUUAUUGCCGAAUAAAACCGAAUAAGCAUUGUCCUACGGCUUCUUAGUCUGCUCGUCUGUCCCGACUGCGCGGCUGCUGGUUAAAGAUCGCCCGAGUACUCCACCAUGAUCAACACCAACCAGAUGCUUCAUGACGGUACCGCCGAAACAAAAUCACCGAACCUGCAACUGCCGUGCAUGUUCUCCGCAAUGUUACCUAUACAAGGAUGUUUUUCCUUGGACGAGUGCUUACCCAAGACCAACUUCCUUUACUUCACAGCGCCUAAAUGGAUGAGAGUUUCCUUUCGCUCGGCCCAGUUUGCAUUUUGGAUCGAGGAAAUCUCGCCUUUGAAGAGCUUUGAGCCGAAAGAUUCGUGAUGAAUGAAAAUUUACUGACACAAGAGGCUAAUGACCCAGUGAAGGUCAUGCUGGACAGCAAAGAUGAGGACUACGACAAAGCCAAACAUCUUGAAAAGGUCCAGUCUACUGUCACCGACAUUGCGGCUGACUCCCGGGCUGAGCGGUACCUUAAUCGAAAGUUUGACCGACACAUAUUGCCGUGGCUGUUCAUUCUCUGGUUGCUUGCCUUCAUCGACAGGUCAAACAUUGGAAAUGCUCGGAUUGAUGGCCUUGCAGCAGACCUUGCCCUCGAUGGCAACAAGUUCAACGUUGCAUUGGCAGUCUUUUAUGUUCCCUACAUCUGCGUCGAUAUCCCGAGUAAUCUUGUUCUAAAGUACUUCAAAGCCGGCUUCUAUAUACCUUUCCUAGUCACUGUUUGGGGCAUAGUAUCACUGUGCACAGGGCUCGUCAAAACUUAUGAGGGCCUACUUCUUGCACGAUUCUUUCUGGGUCUUGCAGAGGGUGGACUUCUUGGGGGUAUAAUCAUCUAUCUAGCAAUGUUCUACCGUCGUCAUGACAUGCUCUACCGAAUAGGGCUCUUCUAUUGCGCUGCUCCACUAAGCGGAGCAUUUGGUGGCUUACUGGCGACCGGCCUGGCUGAGAUAAAAACCUCUGGCUAUAAUGGCUGGCCGUUCAUCUUUUUUAUCGAAGGUGCAAUUACCGUUGUGGUUGGGGUCAUAUCCAGCUUCUUUCUUCCACACGACCCAACCCAUGCGAGAUUCAUUUCCGAUGAAGAGAAAGCGCAAGCCAUUGCUCGGCUUAAGCUCGAUAGUCAAGGUUCUUCUUCAGGAAAUGCCAACUCAGAAAAAUUCUCCUGGCAUUGGGUCCGCAUUGCUCUCCUUAAUUGGAACACGCUGCUUCUGUCCCUCGAUUUCUUCGCCAUUAUCACGCCAAUUUACAGCUUUUCUCUGUUUCUACCUACCAUCAUCCGUACAUUAGGUUAUUCGUCUGUGAAAGCGCAGCUGAUGACUGUACCGCCAAACUUCCUUGCAUUUCUGACAGUACUGCUCGCUGCGCACUUUUCGGACAAGUUUAAGGUCCGAGGUCCUUUCAUGUUGAUUGGCUGCACAGUUGCUAUUGGGGGUUAUACUAUGCUCAUAGCUAGCUCAAUGCCGGGCGUCCAGUAUGGCGGUACAUUUCUGGUCGCUGCAGGCGUUUUUCCAAGCUCACCUCUGGUCAUGGGAUGGUUGAGCAACAAUGUUGCGCCACACUAUGUCAGAGCCACUGCUACCGGCUUCCAGAUUGGAGUGGCGAAUAUGGCUGCCUUUAUUGCAACCUUUACUUAUCUCCAGGCUGACGCGUGUGUCUUCUGCUCCCAAUAAUCUGGCAUCAUUUGCAUUUUGGCUGACAUUGUUGUGCACAGACCACGAUAUACGAAAGGGCAUGCAAUAAACAUCGGCAUGCUUGGAUUGUCACUCAUCACGACCACCGUACUGAUCCUUUACAACAAGAGAGAGAAUCGGCAGAGAGAUAUGGGGAAAAGGGAUUACAGGCUCCAGAAAGAAAAGGAAGAGCUUUUAGGAUAUAGACACCCAAGUUUUAGAUACACGAUCUAGACCAAUCGUCUACGCCACGAGACGUUCC